GAAGCGCCGCUGUUCUUAUCUCGAUUCAUUGCCUCGACAUUCCGCGGGUUUCGGCGUCGUAUAUCUCGUUUCGCUCUCUAAGAUCUGUUUUAUUUUUCCUUUCUUUUUUUCGUUGCAAGAACGCGCGUCACUCGGCGCCCCGGCCCGGAAUCACUUCGGGGUCGAGCACUCGGUUGUCCGUCAUCAAACCGGCUGUGAAGACUCCUCGAUCAUGGCUAGUGUCUCCUAUCAAAUAGCAAAUCUGCUGGAGAAGAUGACAUCCAGCGAUAAGGAUUUUAGAUUUAUGGCAACUAAUGAUUUGAUGAGUGAACUACAAAAAGACAGCAUCAAAUUAGAUGACGAUUCUGAACGCAAAGUUGUAAAAAUGCUUCUUAAGUUAUUAGAGGACAAAAAUGGAGAAGUACAGAAUCUUGCUGUUAAAUGUUUGGGUCCGUUAGUUAAUAAGGUAAAAGACUACCAGGUAGAAACUAUUGUGGAUGCCCUGUGUACCAAUAUGGUAUCAGAAAAGGAACAAUUGCGCGAUAUCUCUAGCAUUGGCUUGAAGACUGUUAUUUCUGAGCUUCCUGUAGGUUGUAGCGCAUUAGUUGCAAAUGUUUGUAGACGUGUUACAAGCAAAUUAAGCAGUGCUAUUGAAAAGCAAGAAGAUGUAUCCGUACAGCUUGAAGCCCUCGACAUUGUCGCUGACUUAUUAUCUCGAUUUGGUGCCCUGCUAGUCACAUUUCAUCCUACAAUUCUGAGCGCAUUAUUACCACAACUUUCCUCACAGCGGCAAGCAGUCCGUAAACGCACUAUAGUAGCACUGAGUCAUCUCUUGACAUCUAGCAACAAUUAUUUGUACAACAAAUUGCUAGACCAUCUUCUCGAGGGUCUUCAAACUCAGACGUCAAAGAAUGUUAUACGUACUUAUAUUCAGUGUAUUGCUUCUAUCUGCCGGCAAGCAGGUCACAGAUUCGGCGAACAAAUAGAACGUGUUAUGCCGUUAAUUGUUCAAUAUAGUAAUGAAGAUGAUGAUGAAUUGCGAGAGUAUUGUUUACAGGCAUUUGAGUCUUUUGUUUAUAGAUGUCCGAAAGAAAUUACACCGCAUAUAAAUAAGAUCAUAGAGAUUUGCCUAAUAUAUAUUACAUACGAUCCAAAUUACAAUUACGAUGACGAUGUCAAUGACUUUUCUGAUGGAGAAAGUGCCGCAAUGGAAGUAGAAGAAGAUGGAGAAGAAGACGCGGAAGACGAAUAUUCUGAUGAUGAUGAUAUGAGUUGGAAAGUUCGUAGAGCAGCUGCAAAGUGUUUGGAAGCUGUUGUGUCUAGUAGACGAGAAUUACUAUCAGAUCUUUAUAAGGGAGUCUCCCCUGCAUUAAUUGCAAGAUUUAAAGAAAGAGAAGAGAAUGUUAAAUCAGAUAUUUUCCAUGCAUAUAUUGCUUUAUUGAGACAAACGAGGCCAACUACUGGUGUAGUGCUCGAUCCUGAUGCUAUGGAAGACGAUGAUGGACCUAUUUCAUUGUUGCAACAACAAGUACCAUUAAUAGUAAAAGCAGUUCAUCGUCAGAUGAAGGAAAAGAGCAUCAAAACGAGACAAGAUUGCUUCUCCUUGCUAAAAGAAUUGGUGCUCGUUUUACCUGGCGCUUUAACUAAUCAUAUUCCAGCACUGAUUCCCGGAAUACAAUAUUCCUUGGGAGAUAAAAACUCUUCCUCGAAUAUGAAGAUCGACACUUUAGCCUUCGUACAUACAUUACUAAUGACGCAUCAGCCCGAAGCUUUUCAUGUUCAUAUGCCUGUUUUGGCACCUCCAAUUAUAUUAGCUGUGGGAGAUUCAUUUUACAAAAUUGCUGCCGAAGCAUUGCUCGUUUUACAACAGCUUGUACAAGUUAUCAGACCUCAUGAUAAACCUUUUUAUCGUGGUUUCACUUCAUUAUCCAAUGAAAUAUAUCAUUGCACUUUAAUGAGGCUCAAAACAGCUGAUAUCGAUCAAGAAGUAAAGGAAAGAGCCAUCGCCUGUAUGGGACAGAUUCUUGCACAUUUCGGAGAUACUUUGUCAGACAAGUUACAUGUAUGCCUGCCUAUUUUCCUAGAUAGGUUGCGCAACGAGAUAACAAGGCUUACCACUGUUAAAGCUCUGACUUGCAUUGCCGCAUCUCCUCUAAGAGUCGAUUUGAAACCGAUUAUGGAAGAAGCAAUACCUAUUCUUGGAUCUUUCUUAAGGAAAAAUCAACGAGCUUUAAAACUCUCUUCUCUCCCUCUUUUGGAUACAUUAGUAUGCAAUUAUAGCUCAUCUUUGCAUCCGGACUUACUUGACAAGGUUACUACAGAAUUACCUGCGUUACUAAACGAGUCAGAUCUGCACAUUGCACAAUUAACAUUGAAUCUUCUGACUACGAUAGCAAAAUUACAUCCAGCUGCUCUUACCAGGAUUUCCGAACAUAUCUUGCCAGAAAUACUCACCUUAGUAAAAUCGCCGCUUCUUCAAGGUGUCGCAUUAAAUUCGAUGCUCGAAUUUUUCCAAGCUUUAGUUCAAGCGAAUCUGCCAGGUCUGGGCUAUAGAGAUCUUCUCGCAAUGUUAAUAGUUCCAGUUACUUCUUCCCUACUUCAUAAACAGGCUUAUCAUUCGUUGGCUAAAUGUGCAGCUGCAUUAACAAUCACAUGGCAUAAUGAAGCGCAGUGUAUUGUGCAACAAUUAUUAAAAGACGUUCAGAAUCCAUCAAAAGAUGUUCAAAACGUCGCACAACAUAUAUUUGCCUUGCUUGUCAUUGGAGAGAUAGGAAGACAUGUAGAUUUAAGUGGAAUUAAUUCAUUGAAACAUACGAUUCUAAAUUCAUUCUCAUCUUCAUCAGAAGAAGUUAAGUCUGCAGCUAGUUAUACACUAGGAAAUAUCGCAAUUGGUAAUCUUCCUGAAUAUUUGCCUUUCAUACUUCAAGAGAUCGAAGCACAGCCGAAACGUCAAUACCUUUUAUUGCAUUCAUUGAAAGAGAUCAUCACGAGUCAAUCAGCCAGUCCAUCCGGCGUCUCACAUUUGCAGAAUUUUGUGCCUUCGAUUUGGAUGCUUUUGUACAGGCACUGUGAAUGCACAGAGGAGGGUACUCGUAAUGUUGUAGCUGAAUGUCUCGGUAAAUUGACUUUAAUCGAUCCUGCUACUCUUUUACCGAGACUGCAGGAAUCGCUCAAAUCGCCAUCGGCUCUUAUGAGAACAACGACAGUUACUGCUGUUAAAUUUACUAUUUCCGAUCAGGUAUUUUAUAAUUCUUGUAUGCAGAAAGAGCUGAUCAGAGAAGUUGAGAUGGGUCCUUUUAAGCACACGGUGGACGAUGGAUUGGAUCUUCGUAAGGCAGCGUUCGAAUGCAUGUAUACGUUAUUGGAUUCAUGUCUCGACAGAUUGGAUGUCUUUGAAUUUUUAAAUCAUGUGGAAAAUGGUCUUAGGGAUCAUUAUGAUAUUAAGAUGCUGACUUAUCUUAUGACUGCACGACUUGCGCAAUUGUGUCCGACUGCAGUCUUACAAAGAUUGGAACGAUUAGUUGAGCCCCUCAAGACUACUUGCACAAUGAAAGUAAAAGCAAAUUCGGUGAAGCAGGAGUAUGAGAAGCAAGACGAACUGAAACGCUCUGCGCUAAGAGCCGUUGCGGCAUUAUUAACUAUUCCUGAUGCAGAUAAAAAUCCAUCAUUAAGUGAAUUUGUUGGACAGAUUAAAGCUACACCAGAAUUGCAGCCACUCUUCGAGAUAAUACAAAAGGAUUGCACCGGCAAUAAUAUGAAUGAAGCAAACGCGAUGGAUCAGAGUUAAGGAUUAUCAACUUAAUUCUUUUUUUGUAUCUCAUAUAAAUGAACGUGGAUUAAGCGCAUUCGUGAUCAUACUUUAUCCAUAGUUUAUUUCUAUACAUUAUUUUUUCAUCACUAUAUCUUCGAUUUAUGAAAGUAGUUUCUAAUAAAUGUGAGUUAAUGUAGCACGCCAUGUAUAAAUUUUAAAAUAAAUUUACCGGCAAUAAUCA